AUGCCAUGCAUGUACUUCUCUGGUGAAGAAAGUGAAUCUAUCACUAUAGAUGAUCCAAAUAGCCGAUGUGUCAGGAUUAAUGCUGAAUUAUAUGCCAGGGUCCAAAACAAUGAACAAAAUACCAGAGUUUUUUUGGAUACUCACUUAUUAAGGAUUCGAGAUGAUCACGGUGAACAAGAAAGCUCUUCAGGGAGUCUAGUGCCUAAAGGUGAUGCAUCAAUUUCAGUAGAAAUUAUGCCCCUUAUGUCUCUUCUUGUCUAUGUAACCGACGCAUUGACAACGGCUGAAUUUAGAGAGAUAAGUAGUGAUGGAUUCAAAGAAAGAUACCUUGCUCCACUUGAUGCUGCUCUUAAAAGAUCGAACAUUGAAAUUCCACUUCUAGCCUCUGCCUAUGCUUAUCCAUUCGGUGAUGCGAACCAGGUUGAAGGGGACAUCCAAGAGUAUUUUAAUGAACAAUUAGCGAGUACAAUCAAGCUACUUUAUCGUGAUAUAUGUGGUUUAAGCAGCUAUUUUGGCAAACCCUCGAUUAUUAGACCACCAUUGGACAGAAGAAGAGUGGUGAAGCCAGAUAUAGCCCAUAUCAUGAAGAAGGGAUCCUUUCGAGAUUUGCAAAGUACAGAAACUUGUUUUGCUAUAGGUGAUUACAAAAAAGGUAAUUAUAGUUUAGCACAAGGAUUUGAAGAAUUGAAAGUAGCGGUAGAACACCUCAAGCAAAAUCCAUUGGAUACUAAACGGCUGAGACGGCUGAGACGGUUGAAGUACCGGCCGCUUUUUCAAAACAGGGAGUGGAGUCCCAAGGUUUUGUUUGCUUUAGUUUUAAGAAAAUACCUUUAUCAAGCUUUCCUCUGUGGUACCGACAGGUUUUUUAUCUCAGAUCACCAAACAUUCUCAGGGUUCUUUGAGUUCGAAAUUGUGGAUGACAAAAUGAUUAUAGACUACUAUGCGAUUGAUAACCCAGAAACUGUUGCACAAGGUAUUACUUUAAGAUCCGCAAUAGCGGGAUUUUUCUAUAAGAAUACUGCUGACGCGCUCGAUACGAAGAAAAGGUUACUAGAACGUCUAGAUUUAGCCAAGAAAACAGAGGGACAGGAUCCUUUCCAGAGCGUGCUUCCUAGAUCUACUAGCGGGUCAUCAGGGAAAUUAUCUUCCAACGAAUUUGCAGGCAAGUUGGGCUCAAUUAAAGAAAACUCCGUUAGUGAAGACUUUGAUGAAAUUCAUGGCAACACAUAUUGUCGAAUUAUAUGCGAUACCGAGAAGUUGUAUCCUAAUUUGAAACUUCCAUACGAGGUGUUUGUCAAAUUGUACUAUUACUCUAGUCAAUUAUGGGAAGAAAAUGACUUAACGUGUUUUGAUUCCCCCGAUAGAAGGAGUUAUUAUGACAUGUUCUUGAAUGAACUUGCAAUCAAUGAAAAACUUGCGAAAUCACGGUACGCUUCCAAUUUUCCAAAGCUCCUUAUUUCUGGUUAUUGGAAUGGUCUUCCAGAUCACCCAAUGCAUAUAUUUGAAUCUCUAGGGAAAAAAGUAGCGAUAGAAGACUGGGAUAUGGAUAUUGUAUUUAAGGUUAUCAAAUCAAGGCUCGAGGAGCUCCAUCUGUUAGGAAUUUCGCACAAUGAUGUUCGGCCGGCCAACAUCCAUGUUUCCCUCUCUGGUGAAAUUUCCUUGAUAGACUUCGGACUAUCUGAUUGCACAAAUAAUGAAGAGCUAAAAAAGAAUGACUUGAUCUCCCUUCACUACAUAUUUGGGUUACAUGGGGAUAGUGAAAAUAUAAAAAAUUGUAAUCAAAUCAAUCAUUAUGGUGAAGACAGUAUACUUUCUGAAAAUGUUGAUAAUGGUAGCAAUAAUGAAAGCGAUAACAAUUCCUCUGAUGAAGUUGUUUUUGAUGAGAUGAGCUUGAAGUCGCACGAUACAAGAACUACAAAAGAGGAUUUUAGCUCAAAAGGAUAUAGCUAG